GACCGACGUUUUUCGAUUGCAUACGGUCAGUCCUUUGCUUAUACCGCUUGGCAAACUUGGAGUUUUGGGUUUCUCCACUGUACAACCUACGCUGCUUGGCGUACGAUGCAAUUUUGCUUCCUUUUCAGCACCCAGGCAGAUGCCCAAGUGCAAUUGGCGUUAUAUACGUAAUGAGCAUUAUCAUAAACUAUACGAAGAGCUCUCCUUUUGAUCAAAUGGUACCCUCGGCGACGGACAUCUCACUGGCACAUGAUGGCUUUCAGCCAACUAGGACUGAGACAAGGCAACAUUGUUCGCAGGUUUGCUGUCUUUGUCCACUUGGGCGUCGCACAUUUCACUGGAGGUGCGGGACCGCUUCGUUUCCAAUGUCACGAACGUUCAAAGGAAGCCAACCGGUCUUUAAUACGCUGGUGCCUCACUUGGAGUGAAUUAAUCAAACUGUAUACGGCACGCGAACUUAUUUCACCACUCUCAAUCUGUUGCGUUGCUUUUGCAACUAGUCUACUUGCCAGGAUGGAUGCGGAAGCAACCUGGGCUAAUAGGUUCUGGAGGGAGAUGCUACUGAAGGCGGCCACCGCUCACGACCAUGACGAGACUCAUUCGUAUUAUUACCUUCAGCACGCAUUCCUGAGGGGAAGGAUUCAGUAUUCGUAUGGGAGACCAGAUGUGGGGUACGGCAAAGAAGUUGUUGUCAAUGACCCUACAAGAGAACUCGAUUGGAUGAAAUACGCCGGUGUCCACCACGCGGAAGAGUACCAAAAGCGUCGGCCGCGAAGUGAGUCGCUAAGACUAGAGCUUUCUAGUGAUGAAAAUGCGACCAGAAGCCUGCAGAACGUUAUGGGCAGGAUGUUCAAUACAAUUCGAUCGCCAAAUUACUUUCGACGAUACUAUACAGUUUUUCAAGUAACAAUGCGAUUCCUGGUCGACUUGCGGCAGGCGACUCGAGGAUUCAUCUUGUCCUGAGAGACGUGAUGGCCGCGCUUGUCGAGCUUUAGUGGCGGUGAGACUAAAAUAAUAUCGCCAACGAGUUUCAUGUUGAUACUCCUUGGGUGCGCGAGUCUUUUGGAGAGAUAAGCAAAUCAUCGUCUUGGAGAUCCGUCGCUAGUCGAAUAGCAGGACCCAUACCUAAAACCAUACGAG